AUGGCAGAACCACUUUCAACAAAUGUCACCAUUGAACCAUGUUUGGAACCAGGUGUUUAUGAGUACACUGUCGAAGGAGAGAAGGUUAAAUCAACUCAAUCAAUGUCUGACCAUUUCACUAAGAUUCUCUCUCGAAUGGAACUCAAUGAUCUUCGCUCGGAAGAUUCAGCUGAGAAUCCAACAGAUGAAGAACGACGGAUUGUCAACGGAGGGAAAAAUACAUUUGCAAACUAUUUCGAACAAAUGAGACAAGCGCAUAUUGAAGUCUGUGCAUUGCACGAUAUUCUCUCAUUGGUGAUGGGUCGUCACUAUUUUAAUCUGAUUCAAAAUGUGCCCGAGAUGGACGAUGCUGUCAAUUCUCGUCAAUCGCGAGAGAAUACGCGAGUCAACCCUGAUAUUUUACAAAAAUCUUGGAUUUCGAAACGAACGAAUGCUCGGCAAGCGUCUGAUGUUCUUCUGUCCUCAUUUGAACGUUUCAUGAAAAUCAUCAACACAUCAAGUGGAAAUGCAGAGAAUUUUCAUGUACAAUUGUCGAAUUUAAGGCAACGAUGGAAGAUUAGAAAGCAGAACAACACAAAUCGUUAUCUCGGCGAUCUAUCAUUCCGAUCAGCUGGUUCGUUAUAUCCAAUAAAAAUGCAGUUCGAAGUCACGAAAGCAGAUACUCAUAAACGAACGCAGAGCAAUUCCAUUGAAGUCAUCACACCCGAAGAAUUACAAGUUCGAGUCAUCUUGAAAAUCGAUAUUGAAACAAAAGACGGACAAGUAUUACUUCGAACAUAUUCAACAAUGAUGGCAAACGAUUCAACUAUGAACAUGCAAGAUAAUUAUGAUACGAUUUUAGAGAAUGCACAACGAACAUUAUUUCUGAAAGAACUUUUUGCUCAGCUCUGCCGCGAAGCAUCGGACAUUACAAAUAUCAUUCAACCAACAGUGAUGAGAAAUUCAAUACGAUGUUGGAUUCUCUCGGAUGUGAUGAUGACAAUCAGUCUACUUCGUUCCACAGAAUUUGAUCCAGCAAUCGAUACCGAAUCCUACCUUUCUGGUGCACACAUUGGAUUGUUAGAGUAUUCUCUGUGUGCUCUACUUCGUCAACAGUUUUUUCGCAAUUUUCACUAUUCACAACUGAAGCCCAGCACGUUGAUGUUAGGUGUGCCGAUGCUGAGAAGAAUCGCCGGUGUCAAUGCGUUCAAUUACAAUCAGCUAAAGUCCAUCAGUGAAAAUAAAACGAUUCUCCAGACAAUUAUUGAAAUCGCUCAGCAUCAAGUGAUUCGAGCACGAAUUUUAGAAUUAUUAGACAAUUUAUCCGCUAAUUCUGAUAUAACUAUGGCUGUGAAUAUCAGUGCUUUCAGUUCUACAACAUCUACACAAGGACGUGUUCAUUUAAUCUCACCUGGUUAUGAGGCUCUGUGUCGAUGGUCAUACAUAUUCCAAAUCGAAGAACGUCAAGUGAAAAUUCAAUACAAAUCUCAUCUGAUUGAAUUUCAAUAUCACGUGGAAGAAGUUCAGCGAUUUUUUAUCAAUCAAAUAGCAUAUUUCAAAUUUACAGUUGCUUGCACACUUGCAAAAAUCUUCGGUUGGUCAGUUGUUGGUAGCACAUUAGCACCAACUGUUGGUCGACUAACGGAAAUUCAAUUUAGUGCUCAGCUAGAUCAUACACAAAUUCCGACGUCAGUCGGCGUUCGUAUCGGUGAUGAUUUGCAAUUACAAGUUGCUGUAAGAAAACGUCGAGAUCAAAAUGAUGAUACAGUCAUGGAUGACGAUUCAACUGAACGACCGGGUGGCUCGCGAGGAAUCAAAUUUGAUCCGAUUAGUCUUGAUGAUUACUGCGGAACGUCGACAUUGCAAAAAUUCGAAAUGUUUAUUGCCAGUUUGCUACAUUCUGAAAAAAAACAAUAA